UAUCCAAUCAGAAGUUCAAACGUAUAGAAAUUUUUCGUUGUCACUGUGGUUCGUUGUUCAAUGCCCAAAGUUACUGCGGAUCGUUUGUCAAAUAAUCGAAAACAUGAACAUAAAAGUGUCAUGUUUGAGUGAAGACGUUUAAUAAAAAAAAAAAAAAAAACAAAAAAUAUGUUCGAGGCAAAAAGUAAUGCAUUCUAUUUUUGUUGAUAGAAUUUCAUAGAACUAUCAUAAAAUGAGUAGCAUUAAAUUCGAUGUACAGUGGUCUCCAGUUCAUGCAAAUAAAUUUAUCACAUGGGGUACAGAAAUUUGUCUGUACGAGGUAAUACAAGUAAAAGACAAUAGUAGACAAUUAUACACGAAGAUCUCUGAUACCACUGUUGCUCAUUUACUUGCGACAAAUACCAAUCAACAUUAUGUCAAAUGCGUCGAUAUAUAUCCACAAUUGGAGCCAGAUAUUCUAUUAGCUGUUGGACAAGCGAAUGGAAAGAUUGUUUUAACUACUUUCGGUUCGACGAUUUUUGAUUCUCAAGGUCUUAGUGGAAAAGAAUUAGUCCCAAAACAUGCGAGACAAUGUAAUGCAGUUGCUUGGAAUCCCGUGGACACAAAUUUAAUUGUGUCUGGCUUAGAUAAACACAGUAAAGACCAUUCCAUUUUAUUAUGGGAUGUAAACAAAAGUUUGCAGACCUCUGAAAGAAUACAUCACCAUAAUGCAGUACAGAUAGAUUCUGUGAGACCUGUGACGGAAGCUUGUGUUUCAGAAACUGUACAUUCUAUUUCUUGGUUUAAACACGAGCAAAAGUGUAUUGUAGUUGGCACUAAUAACAAACAAUUAAAAAUCAUUGAUUUCAGAGAUUCUGCAAAAAUAGUCAACACGACAGCUACUAAGGCUAUCUACAAUGUAUCAGUGGAUCCGCACAAUAAUUAUCAUUUACUUUCGAGCGUUGAUAAUCAGAUAAUAAUUUGGGAUACAAGGUGUUUUGAGAAACCUGUUUUGACCUUGUCACAAAACAGACAAAUUGCAAAAGUACUAUGGUGUCCGACUAGGCAUAAUCUUUUGGGAGCUUUACAGAAAGACUCGGCGACACUGCAUCUAUAUGAUAUUCAACAUUGUGGGAUUGGAGGAGGAGAAGAUACAGAACCUGGAGCAUUAGAAAGGACGGUUGCUCCAUCAUGGCAUACUCCUAUAAGCUUUUCAUGGCAUCCAACGCAUGUGAAUAGAUUGUUGGCAAUAUCUCAACAAGGACUUGCAGAUUAUACAGUUUGUGAAAGGAUUACAGUAAACUGGUCAACACGAUCCCACCUUGCUUGGAAUCAUGCUUCAAAAUCAUUUAAAUAUAUAUGGAGCAACGAUAAUAUUUACAAAGCCCUAAACGACAUUUCUAUUUUAACCAAAACACGCGCUGUUUCGGAAUAUGGCUUACUUCCAGAACUGGCUCAAAAUGGUGAACUGGCUGAAAAUGAUACUCUUAAAAACCUAUGGCAGUGGUUGUACUUAAGUCGCUAUUUGGUAGAGGAUGGCACUAUCCCAUGCGCAGAUAACAAACAUCCGGGUGUCAGAACAGUUUUAAAACUAGAUGAUCAACAAGGAUCUAGCAACGGUUUCUUGAAAUCGGAACUAAUUCAUCGCCCUUGGUCAGAUAUAGGAUCUAAUCACACUGCAAAAAUCUACAGAUCUGCAGACAGAGAUAAAGGAUUGCUUUUAUGUGGUUGGAGAUUUGACAAAGAUACCAAUAGUCUUUAUGAUAAUUUAUUCUUAGAAAGAUUAGAAAGAGAGGGAGCAUAUCCAAGAGCAGCAGCAAUAGCAGUUUUUAAUUUGUGUUUACGGCAAGCUAUAGAAAUCUUGAAUCGAGGAGCUACUAAAAUGUCGAUGUCUACGAAUUUAAAUAUUGUUGCCAUGGCUUUGUCAGGAUUCUCCGAGGAUAGGAAUAGCAUGUGGAGAGAAUCGUGUUUGAAAUGUAGAUCUCAGCUCACGGACCCUUACUUGAGAGCAACUUUCGCCUUUUUAACUGCAGAUGAUUCCUAUGAAAAUGUCUUGGUAAAGAAUGAAAGUGGCAUGGCAGUUGAAGACCGAGUAGCAUUUGCACUUAUGUUUUUAUCAGAUAACAAGUUAAGUGAAUAUUUAAAAAAGUUAACUCAAAAGCUGACUGACGAAGGAAAUUUAGCGGGUUUUCUUCUAACAGGUGCCAGUUUAGAAGGCAUACAAUUAUUAAAUCGAUAUUUAGAAAUUACCGGCGAUGUUCAAAGCUGUAGUCUGAUAGCUAUUAGAGCAUUCACACCAACCUUACUGCAAGAAAACCCAGUUCAAGUUUGGAUUACAAGUUAUAGAAAUCUUUUAAACGCUUGGAAAAUGUGGACUCAGAGGGCUCAUUUUGAUAUCGCAAUGCGAUCUGCGACGAAUGAAAAACCUCCACAGCAAAUAUAUGUUUCCUGUAAUUUUUGUGGUAAAAGUAUAUCCGCUUUUAUGCAAGGUCUGAGUAGAGCGAGAGGGCCUUUUGGCAGGUUGGGAAGUACACCCAAUAAAUUGAAGAUGUCUUCAUGCCCGAAUUGUAGAAAACCAUUACCACGAUGCGCAAUAUGCUUAAUGCAUAUGGGCACCGUAAGUGGAUUGCAAAUGACAACAUCCAACGUCAACAGAAACGAAGAAUGUGACAAUAAACUGACAGAAUUCAGUAACUGGUUUACGUGGUGUCAAACAUGUAGACAUGGCGGUCACGCUGAUCAUAUUACGCAUUGGUUUCGACAACAUUCAGAAUGUCCAGUAACUUCGUGUACAUGCAGAUGCUUUUCUUUAGACGCAUCGUGUAAAAUAGCAGUGGGUAUAACAUGAAUGAAAGUCAUAGAUUCUGGGAGUUUUCGAUAAUACUGACUAUAUACCGUUACAGUUUUAGGACUUCGUUUUGUAUAUUUCUUGGAAAAGUAUGAAUAUUAAAAACAAA